AUGGCAGAUGGGGCUCAGGCCAACCCCAGAGAGUUCAGGAAGAAGGGGCUGGUUAGACACCCCUCUGGGUGGAGGGGCCCGAGCCUCAGGGCCUCUUCUCCUUUGAGAAACUCCAGGUCCUACCUGGGGAUGAAGAUGUUCAUCACCAUCGCAUCCUGGCCAGCUGUGGUGACUGAAGUCCUGCCCACGGCCCACAGCAGCCUGCUCAACCUCAGGUCCAUGGUGGAAGCCAACACAGGGAGGAACGCCAUCUUGUCCUUCGUGGGCUACGGCUGCUACUGCGGGGUGGGGGGGCGUGGCCUGCCCAUGGAUGAGGUGUACUGGUGCUGCCAUGCCCACGACUGCUGCUACCAGAAGCUCUUUGACCUGGGCUGCCACACCUAUGUGGACCAUUAUGACUACACCAUCGAGAACAGCACUAACAUUGUCUGCAGCGAGCUCAACCAGAUGGAGCGUGACCUGCAGACGUGCGAAUGUGACAAGAGCGUGGUCCUGCGCUUCCAGAAGCAGACGUACAGGGAGGAAGAGCAUGGCAGCUACCUCGACAUAGACCGCCAGAGCCCCAUGCCCAACUGCAGCAUCUACGGGCCACGCCCCCUGCCCCUCCCUAGCGCCCUCUGGGGGCUGACAGAGAGGAGGGUUGGAGGUUCCGGUCCUGGGGACCAGCCAGAUGGAGCAGCUUCCCAGUCCUUCCUCAACUCGCCUCUUGACCUCAGGGUCAGCGGCCUCCAAGUAGCCAGCGCGCCCUGCCUCGCUCCACCCUCUGCCUUCAGCCAGCGUCAACCCUGA